GACUUGAGAUCGAAUCCGGUGUGCCAUCCCAAAUAACCUUUCUUUUCCAUUCUGACUUGAAUUCGCGCACCCCUCCAAUCUUUCUUGACGAAGAAUCCACCACCUAGAGGCUAGAGCAGUGGAGCACCCCUUUUAUCCGUCCCCUCCCCUCCCCUCCCCUUCUCUUUUCUAUCUCAAGUUCUCCAACAAAACCAGUCGGCGGCGGCACCUCUUCCAAGUUCCAACCACCUCUUCUUCUCAGCCGCUAAUGGCGAAUUUGGCUACAUCAGCUGGCGGCAUGCUCGCCAUGCUAAGCGAGCAUUCAACUUCUCUGAAGCUUCAUGCUCUCUCCAAUCUCAAUGUCUACGCUCAAUUUCUCUGGCCAGAGAUAUCUACUAGUAUCCCUCUUUUAGAAAGUUUAUAUGAAGAUGAAGAAUUCUCCCAGAGACCACUGGCAGCAUUAGUUGUUUCUAAGGUUUUCUAUUUCUUGGGUGAACUUAAUGAUUCUUUAGCAUAUGCACUUGGAGCUGGGUCAUUAUUUGAUGUUUCAGAGGAUUCUGAUUAUGUUAGGACACUUCUCGACAAAGCCAUUGAUGAGUAUGCUAGUCUUAGGAACAAAUCAGCUGAGUCAAAGGAAGAAGCUGUCAACAUUGAUCCCAGACUAGAGGCAAUUGUGGAGAGAAUGUUGGAGAAGUGCAUUUUGGAUGGAAGAUAUCAACAAGCUAUGGGGAUGGCAAUUGAGUGCCGAAGAUUAGAUAAACUCGAGGAGGCAAUCAUGAGGAGUGAUAAUGCUCCCGGAAGUUUGGCAUAUUGUAUCAAUGUCUCCCACUCCUAUGUUAAUCGUAGAGAGUAUCGGCAGGAGGUGCUUCGUCUGCUUGUCAGAGUGUAUCAGAAGUUGCCAUCCCCUGAUUAUUUGAGCAUUUGUCAGUGUUUAAUGUUUUUGGAUCAACCCGAAGCUGUUGCAAGCAUUCUGGAAAAGCUUCUCCGUGCAGAGAAAUUGGAAGAUACCUUGCUUUCAUUUCAAAUAGCUUUUGAUCUCGUAGAAAACGAGCACCAGGCUUUUCUGUUAAAUGUGAGGGAUCGCCUUUCAAAGCCCAAAUCUUCUUCACAGCUGCCCAUAUCCACGGAACCAGAAUCUUCUCAGACUGAAAAUACAACAGCUUCCGAAGAUGUGCAAAUGUCUGAUGAGACCCGUGUCUCAGAUGCAGUUGUGGGUGAAAUGGAUCCUACUGAAGCUAGAUAUGCUGAAAGAUUGACCAAAAUUAAAGGCAUAUUGUCUGGAGAGACUUCCAUACAGCUGACUUUGCAGUUUUUAUAUAGUCACAACAAGUCAGACCUCCUUAUUCUAAAGACCAUAAAGCAGUCUGUUGAGAUGAGGAAUAGUGUUUGUCACAGUGCAACAAUAUAUGCAAAUGCAAUUAUGCAUGCUGGUACUACAGUGGAUACCUUUUUAAGGGAGAAUUUGGACUGGCUAAGCAGGGCCACCAACUGGGCCAAGUUUAGUGCAACUGCUGGAUUGGGUGUUAUUCACAGGGGCCAUUUGCAGCAGGGCCGGUCACUAAUGGCGCCUUACUUGCCACAGGGUGGUGCUGGAGGCGGUGGCAGUCCAUACUCUGAAGGCGGAGCACUGUAUGCUCUUGGUUUGAUCCACGCUAACCAUGGGGAGGGUAUCAAACAGUUCCUUCGUGAUAGCCUACGCAGUACUAAUGUUGAGGUCAUACAACAUGGUGCGUGUUUAGGGCUUGGAUUAGCAGCUCUUGGAACUGCAGAUGAAGAUGUAUUUGAAGACAUAAAAAAUGUGCUCUACACGGACAGUGCUGUUGCGGGUGAAGCUGCCGGCAUCAGUAUGGGCUUGCUUAUGGUUGGUACAGCUAGUGAGAAGGCCGGUGAGAUGCUUGCUUAUGCACACGAAACCCAGCAUGAGAAGAUCAUUAGGGGAUUGGCAUUGGGUAUAGCUCUUACAGUUUAUGGAAGAGAGGAGGAAGCAGACACACUUAUUGAGCAAAUGACUAGGGACCAAGAUCCUAUUCUGCGUUAUGGUGGUAUGUAUGCGUUGGCUUUGGCUUACAGAGGAACAUCAAAUAAUAAGGCUAUCCGGCAGCUGCUACACUUUGCAGUGUCGGAUGUGAGCGAUGAUGUUAGGCGAACUGCCGUUUUGGCUCUAGGUUUUGUCUUGUAUUCUGAACCAGAACAGACUCCCCGUAUUGUAUCAUUGCUGUCUGAGUCGUACAAUCCACAUGUACGAUAUGGUGCUGCCUUAGCAGUAGGCAUUUCAUGCGCUGGCACUGGUCUAAGUGAGGCUAUAUCUUUGUUAGAACCGUUGACAUCGGACGUUGUUGAUUUUGUUCGGCAAGGUGCCCUGAUUGCUAUGGCCAUGGUUAUGGUUCAAAUCACCGAAGCUAUGGAUUCACGGGUUGGCACAUUCAGGCGGCAAUUGGAAAAGAUAAUACUUGACAAGCAUGAAGAUACCAUGAGCAAGAUGGGAGCCAUUUUAGCGUCUGGAAUUCUUGAUGCUGGUGGAAGGAAUGUGACAAUUAGGUUGCUUUCCAAGUCGAAACACGAUAAAAUCACAGCAGUGGUUGGUCUUGCUGUUUUUAGCCAGUUUUGGUACUGGUAUCCUCUCAUAUAUUUCAUAAGCUUGGCAUUCUCGCCCACAGCCUUUGUUGGGCUGAACUACGACUUGAAAGUUCCAAAGUUUGACUUUUUGUCCCAUGCAAAACCUUCCUUGUUUGAGUACCCAAAGCCAACUACUGUGCCCACCACUGCAUCAGCUGUGAAACUUCCGACCGCUGUAUUAUCAACAUCAGUAAAGGCCAAAGCCAGGGCAAAAAAGGAGGCAGAGCAGAAAGACAAGUCUGUAGGGUCAGAGCCUUCAGCUUCCACAUCUGCCAGUGGGAAAGGAAAAUCGUCUACAGAGAAGGAGGGAGACUCUAUGCUCGUUGAUAGUCUACCAGAAAAGAAGGCUGAGGCGGAACCUUGUUUUGAAACCAUAACAAAUCCUGCUAGGGUAGUUCCCGCUCAAGAGAAGUUUAUCAAGUUUCUGGAGGGAAGCAGAUAUAUGCCUGUGAAGUUGGCCGCUUCUGGUUUUGUACUUCUGAAAGACUUACGUCCUGAAGAACCAGAGGUAUUGUCUCUUACUGAUGCACCUGCUUCUGCUUCUGCAACAACAAAUUCUGCUGCUGUUGCUGCACCAGUGCAACAGGGAACUGUUGCUGCCAUGGCUGUUGAUGAGGAGCCCCAACCCCCUCAGCCUUUUGAGUACACCUCAUAAUUGUCAAUGAUGUUGGUGGGUCAGUUGAACGCGAGGCUUGUUUGGUUGCCAACAAUCAUCUAAGGAAGGGGUAGAUAUUUCAGAGAGAAAUUAUAAUAUUGAUGGGUCAGUGAAAUGUUUGGUUAUGGACCCAGUAAUUGUUCAGUUGGUUCUCUUUUGAGAAUUUUUUGUGUCAAUCUAUUUGCAAAAUGAUACUUGUAUUUUACAUGGUGAAGAAUACAUGAAGAUACCUUUCGCUUAUCCUCAAUUUCCAUGUUUGUCGUUACAAUUUGAACCAGGCUCCUAGAGCUAGAUUUCAUCAGCUUACAAGUAGUUUAAGGUUUUUUUUAAUUGACAGUUAUGUAAUAAUCUUUUCGUGUUACAUUUAUGUCAUUGACACUAUUAUUAUUACA